AUGCUUCUAAUCUUCACAAGCGAAUUAGAGCUAUGCCUGUUAAUAUUCAGGUUGAAGGUUCUAAUACUACUAAUAGUAGCCUUUCUGUAUUGAAACAAGAAAAUAAUUCUAAAAAACAACUGCUUUCCAACGUUAAUGAUGAUACUAAUAAUAAUGUUGAUAUCUUUUGGGAAGAAGAAAUGAUUAAUGAUGAGGAAUUUGAAGACUCAAUAGAAGAAAUUGACAUAGAUAUAGAUCAUGUAUCUAAAUUCGAUCAUAAAUAUAUAAAUUUUUACUUACAAUCUACUUAUAUUAUCACAGAACUCGUAAUGGAAGAAUUCUUCGAUUUUACAAUUUUUAAACAUAAUCAAGAAGCGGUAACAGAGGAGGAAUUAACAAUUUACUCACAAGAUACCAGUGUCUCUGAUAAUGAAUGGUCUGUUGAGGAUAUUAUCAACAAUUAA